CAAGUCCAUUCUUCUGCAAUGGCCGUCUCGUCUCUUCGCCUCGCGGUUCCUCCAUGGGCAUUCGGGUACACGACCAGGUUAUUCGGGUUCCCGGUUCUGGUCUCACCGACGGGAGUGCGUUGCUCUUCUUCCGCCGCCGAAUCUUUGCUGUCCACUUCCUGCUCCGGCGAGCCCUCCUCUUCAAAUCAGACCGUCCACUUUCUCGCCGAUAAAUGGGAGUCGUUUCGGAAGAAGAAGGUCGUUAUGCGGGUCGGGUACGUGGGCACAGAUUACAGAGGUCUGCAGAUGCAACGCGACGAACAUGCUCACUCGACUAUUGAAGGUGAAUUGGAGAGUGCUAUAUACAAGGCAGGUGGGAUCCGAGACAGCAACUUUGGCGAUCUUCAUAAGAUUGCUUGGGCCAGAAGUAGCCGCACCGAUAAAGGAGUUCAUUCUUUGGCAACUACAAUAACACUGAAAAUGGAGAUUCCCGAGACGGCAUGGAAGGAAGAUCCUCAUGGCUUCGUUCUUGCUAAACUCAUCAGCAUGCAUCUUCCUGAGAACAUCAGAGUGUUCAGUGUUUUACCUUCGCAGAAGGGUUUUGAUCCAAGAAGAGAGUGUACCCUCCGGAAGUAUUCCUACCUCCUUCCUGUCGAUGUUAUCGGGAUUAAGGAUGACUUCACUUCAGCUGAGAUUAAUUAUCACAUUUCAGAUUUCAACGAAAUUUUAAAAGAAUUUGAGGGGGACUAUCCUUUUCACAACUACACACAGCGAUCAAAGUACAGAAAAAACGCCCAACCGAGGCCAUUCCAAAGAAAUGGGCGUCCCCCAAAGAGACGAAAAUCACUUCAAGCAUCGAAAUCUGGGUUUACAGAGAUCGAGAACAAGGAAAACCAUAGUGGUGAUGAAGAAGAAGAAGAAGAAGCGUUGGAACUGAAUUUAUUAAACUCUGGUGACACAGAUGAUCAUCUUGCUGAAUCUGAUAACUCUCGAGUGAACGGUUCUGCGAAUCAGAGCUCAAAUCUGGUUAUACGUGCGAAAUGGUUGCAUGAACCAGACGAGACAGAUAAACUAAGCGCUUCUCAUUUCAGGAAAGUUCUCCGAUGUAGCUGUGGAAAGCUGGAGAAGUCACUUGGAUUCGGCUUUGUAGAGAUCUCCAUAUGGGGCGAGUCCUUUAUGUUGCAUCAGAUACGGAAGAUGGUAGGAACUGCCGUGGCUGUGAAGCGUCAGCUGCUACCGAGGGACAUCAUAACGCUGUCGCUGAACAAGUUCUCGAGAAUCGUCCUGCCUCUGGCUCCAUCCGAAGUACUGAUCUUGAGAGGCAACAGUUUCCAAGCCCGGAAAUUUCCCGAGAAAGUUCUGUGGCCGCAGAUGGAAGCAAUGGGUGAAGCAGAAGAGAUUGCAGAGGCGGUGGACGGGUUUUACAGGUCGGUGAUGCUGCCGCAGGUGUCGAGGUUGCUGGACUCGGAGAAAUCUCCGUGGAAAGAGUGGGUGGAGCAACUGGACGAGAGCGCUGGUUUGCCUGAGGAGCAACUGGACGACGUACGAGGGGGUUGGGGAGCGUGGAAGGCCAAGCCGCGGAUCAAGACGAAGACUGGUGAAGAGUUGGCUUCUUGUUCGGGAGCUGUUGAUGCUGCAUGAACCGACAUGACAAAGAAAAAAACAAUUUCUUGGUAGUGACCAAAAUUUCAGCUUUUUUUCCAUACAAUUAAAAUUCCCAUUUUUCUUAUUUAUCAAAGUAAGGAAUCUAUGUUUUUUUAUCCUUUUUUGGCAUUCUCCUUCGUCUGUCCAGUCUUCUAAAUCUUGUAAAUCUGAUGGGGAUCAUAUCAUUUGCUGUUGA